CCCAGAAAAAGGAAAAAAAAAAAAAAAAAGCGCACGCUCCGAUGAGGCCGCUUCUCGCCCUUCUCGCUCUGAUUGCCGCGGCCUUCGCCGGGGCCUGCUUCAACCCCGCGGCAGCAGCGGAGGGCACGUCGUCCUACAAUCGACCGGAACCGCGGCCCGCCAUGUUCGUCCGCGACUCCGACAACGAGGACUCGGCUUCUCCUCAACAGGUGCAUACAUCUCUGGUGGGUCAAGAUAAAAUGAGGAUCUCAUGGAUCACCCAGGACUCGGCUCCUCCGACCGUGGAAUACGGCAAGUCGCCGGGCGUAUACCAGAAUUCAGCAACAGGAAAUACUACUUCAUACAAGUACGCGCUGUACACGUCCGGGGAAAUCCACGAUGUAGUCAUCGGUCCGCUGGAACCGGAUACAGUAUAUUACUAUCGAUGUAGCUCAGACUCGACUGGGGAAUUCAGUUUCAAGACACCUUCUGCGCAGUUACCAAUCAAAUUCGCAAUAGCAGGCGACCUCGGACAGACAGGAUGGACCAAAUCAACCCUUCAACACAUAGCGCAAUCGAACUAUGACGUCCUGCUGCUGCCCGGCGACCUGUCUUAUGCCGACUUCUACCAGCCUAGGUGGGACUCGUUCGGCCGCCUGGUCGAGCCCCUGGCCAGCCAGAGGCCCUGGAUGGUGACCCAAGGCAACCACGAAAUUGAGAAGGUGCCGAUCAUCCAUCCUGAUCCCUUCACGUCCUACAACGCGAGGUGGCGGAUGCCGUUCGAGGAGAGCGGCUCGGACAGCAACCUGUACUACUCGUUCGAUGUCGCCGGGGUCCACAUCAUCAUGCUGGGCUCAUACACGGACUUCGACCCGAGCUCAGCCCAGUACAAGUGGUUGCAAGCUGACUUGGGGAAGGUGGACCGGACGAGGACCCCUUGGAUCGUGGUGCUGAUCCAUGCUCCGUGGUACAAUUCUAACACUGCUCAUCAAGGCGAGAAGGAAUCGGUCAGUAUGAAGGCCUCCAUGGAAGGUUUGCUGUAUCAAGCACGAGUCGACAUGGUUUUCGCGGGGCAUGUGCAUGCCUACGAGCGCUUCACCCGCGUCUACAACGGAAAAGCCGAUGCUUGCGGUCCGGUGCACAUCACCAUUGGCGACGGCGGCAACCGUGAAGGACUUGCCAAAAGGUACAUGAAUCCGACACCGCUGAUAUCGGUUUUCCGGGAGGCGAGCUUUGGGCACGGGCAACUGGACGUGGUGAAUGCAACUCAUGCGCUUUGGACAUGGCACAGGAAUGACAACGAUGAGGCUGUGGAAGCAGAUUCGACUUGGUUGGCCAGCCUCUUGUCCGACCCUGCCUGUAAAUUGUGAGAACCUCGAUACGGAGAGGUAUAGAAACACCCGAAUGCACGAGUGGAUAUAGGCAAAGUUGGUUCAGGGAUAGAAUAAACAUAUUGUUCUUCA